CGGGAGGGAGAGAGAGGGGGUGGGGGAGCGAGCCAGAGAGACACUGACAGGGCGACACGGGGCGACACGUUAAAGACAUAAACACAGGAAGACACGGUGGCAUUAUGAAACAUGGCAAUCGCUCCAAAAACAACGAGCACAUCUAAAAUCAAGCGAGUUGGCACAAUGGGGAGCACAGGUGGUGCAUCUGCCAGCCAUCUAAGUUAACCCAUAACACCUUGGUCCGUCCCAUGACAUCCUUCCAGGAGAGAGCUUUCGACGCUUAAAGUGGCCUCAAAGUGCACCUAGCCUGGCACAAGCGCUGUGGUGACGUCCCCGUCACUUAGUGGCGAACGACGGGUUUUUUAAAAUUAUGAUUUGUGAUGCGCACGGUGUAUGUAGUAUGUGCAAUUUAGUGAUACUGUAUAUGUAUUCGACUUGUACUGAGUCGUGCGUGCAGUCGACGUAAUGUGUGUAAUGAGCGUGACUGGUAUGAUCGGAGUGCAACCUUUUUUUCGUGGUGGGUUGCAAUGCAGGGCACUAAAACAAAAUACAAGCUCGCAUGCCUAUAAAGAGUCAACCACCUCGUCUAUACUGCUCAAUCGGGGGUAAAAGGUUCCUGACGAGCAGUAAACUUUGACAAUGUACGUCAAUGUGCAGGGUGUGAAAUCGCAAUAAUUGCUGACGACACAGCCAAACAUAGCAUCUAGGCUCCCCGAUGGCAGUGUAUUUAUCGCCGAAAUCCUCUGCUCGUUAUCUCGUGCUGGCUGUCACCCCAUGUCCAGUCACAUUUUCGGUCAUCAUCCCGUUGAGCAGUUUUGUGUCUUGCCAAAGCGACCUUCUUGCUUAAGUCACUACGAUAUGUAACAUUAACGUGAGAGGUGUUUUUGUUGUUGCAGCAAGUGUUAAUACAUCGAAACCGUAAUAUAUUUUUUUUGGUUCGCCAACCAAACCCAAAAGUCAAUUGUUAAUCUCAAUGAUGUCUCCGAUUUGUUCUCUGGUCCGUGUGUUCCUCUUUCUGUAAUUAUUCCGUAAUAUACUGCUGCGUGGAGUUCUUUAUAUUUUACUGUUUUUUUUCUAAUUUCAAACAUAUACCCCCUCCCCCACGCAGCUUUGUGUAUUUUUUCAGCCUUUGAUUUAUUUUCCGUUCAUCUGUCGUCUCCCCCUGCACUGAAAUUAUGUCCAAGCAUAAAAACAAUGCAUGCAAUAACAAUGUGAAAUACAACAUCCUAUCGUGAAAAUCGACAACGUAUUUUAUUUUAUUAUGACAUUAUGCUGUGGAAUUAAGUGGACUUGCAAAUGAUUGACUGGCACCAGUGGUGUCAAGAUCGGCCUCUGUGGAGGAGGCUCGUGAAGGACGCUACUGAGCAGUGCCAGGCUAAGUUGCGAUUUGAGGCUACAGGGCAGUUGGAGACAGAGGAGCGCCGCUCACAACAACGCGUGGAGCGACGGGUGGCUAAAACGCAGCAAGGUGGCAAAGCGGGGAACACAGGCAGUGCAUCUGUCAGUCAUCUCAGUCAACCCAUGGCACCUGGGUCUGUCCCGUGACCCGCCAGCAGUGAGCCUUUUACACUUCACGUGAUAGUCUUGAAGUGCACCUACCCAGAUUUGACGAAGUGUACUACGGGCAGUUUGUGAGUCUCUAUGUGAAUGGGGUGUUCUUCGUGGAUCACAGUGGGCCUCCGCUCGGACACAUGCUGCUGGCGCUGGGCGCAUACCUGGGUGACUUCAAUGGAAACUUCACGUGGGAGCGAAUUGGAGCAGAGUAUAACGCGGCAGUGCCCGUGCGCGCCCUGCGCGCCGUGCCGGCGUUGUGCGGGGCACUGACCGUGCCACUCGCUUACCUCAUCUCGUCGCAGCUUGGACUCUCUCCCCUCGGUGCCUUCCUCGCCGGCCUGCUGAUGCUCAUGGACAAUGCGCUGCUGACUCAGUCUCGCUUCGUGCUGCUGGAGCCACUUCUCAUCUGCUUCUCGCUUCUCUCCGUGCUGUGCGCCCUGAAACUCCGCGCAGCGCGGUCAUUUUCGGUGAGCUGGUGGGGGUGGCUGCUGGCCACGGGAACGGCAUGCGGACUCGCGAUUGGGGUGAAAUACACGGGUGUUCUCACCCUUCUGCUGGUGUGCGUACUGGCGGCGAGCGACAUAUGGCGUCUGGCAGGAGAUCGCACGUUGACUCACCUGUGCGUGUGCGCGCACGUGGUGGCUCGGGUGGCCGGGCUCCUGCUGCUGCCGCUGCUACUCUACGUCGCCACCUUCUGGCUUCACCUGCAGCUGCUGCAAAACGCGGGGCCCCACGACCACCUCAUGAGCAGCGCCUUCCAGGCCUCACUCAAGGGUGGGCUGGCUCGCAUCACUCAGGGCCAGCCGCUGGAGGUGGCGUUUGGUUCGCAAGUGACGCUGCGCAGCGCGCACACCCCCUGCUGGCUGCAUUCCCACUUUGACGUCUACCCCAUCACGUACGCGGACGGGCGAGGCAGCUCCCACCAGCAGCAGGUGACGUGCUACCCAUACAAGGACAUCAACAACUGGUGGAUCAUCAAGCACCCACACAGUCAGUCCCUGGUGGUCGACUCUCCCCCGGUCCCCGUGCGGCAUGGUGACAUCGUGCAGCUCCUCCACGGCAUCUCGACAAAGCUCCUCAACAGUCACAACGUGGCGGCAGCGAUAACGCCGACAUGCCAGGAGGUGUCCUGCUACGUGGACUACAACAUCUCCAUGCAGGGGCAGCCCUGGUGGCGCGUGGAGGUGCUGAACCGUGCCUCGGACAGCGACUCUUGGAAAACCAUCGUGUCGGACGUUCAGCUGAUCCACGUGAACACGAGCACCGUGCUGCGGGUGAGCGGGGCGGUGCUGCCCGAGUGGGGCCACGGGCAGCCGGAGGUGGUGGCCGACCUCACGCUGCGCCCGGUCCACCCGGGGUCACGCUGGACCGUGGAGGAGCACCGCCACGGGCGCUCGCAGGAGCAGGCGGAGCGCGAGCAGGAGCUGCGCUCUCCGAUCCCUAAGCACGUUCCCCACGACCUGGGAUUCCUCGCCAAGUUCUACGAGUUGCAGUGGAAGAUGCUGACAUUCCGCGUGGAGGAGCAGGAGCACAGGUACAUCUCUACGCCUCUGCAGUGGCUCCGCAUGAGCUCCAGCAUCGCCUACUGGAUGGACCCUCACACCAACGCUCAGAUCCACCUGCUGCCCAACCCAUGGCUCUGGGUGUCUGCCUGCGUGUGCCUCCUCCUCUACUGCGCGUGCCUCGUCCGCUACCUCCUGCGCCGUCAGCGCGGCAUCUCCGACCUACCUGCCGAGUGCUGGGAGCGGUUCCUGCUGGCCGGCUGGCUGGGCCUGGGCGGCUGGGCGAUGCACUUUGUGCCGUACCUGCUCACCGAGCGAGGCCUCUUCCUCUACCACUACCUCCCCGCGGCCACCUUUCACACACUGCUCAUCCCCGCAUUGCUGGAGCACGCGCACACACACGUCGUCAGGUCCCCGGCUGGCCGGUACGCGCUGCUGGCCGGCUGUGUGGCGUGGCUGGCCGCCGUCUACGCGAGCCACGUGCAGCUCGCCCCCCUCUCGAAGGGCACCCCGGCGCUCUCCGCCCAGCAGCUCUCCUCGCUGCGCUGGAGCGAGGGAUGGGACUUCCUCGUGCAUCCUACGCAAUAACGCAGCGCACCACACAGCACCCCACACAGCGCACCACACAGCGCACCACACAGCGCACCACACAGCGCACCGUGAUAUGCAGUGCACCACACUGUGAUACACACACGCGCACCGAUGACAAGAGCCCCCCCCGUAUUAUAGCCUUAACAGACUGUUGG